UAGUCGAAAAUCAUAGCCUCAGUUGCACUCAGCCAGUCUAGAUAUGGGAAUCAUGCGCUCCAUAGCUUUUGCCGUUCUGAUAUUUGCCGGAAUCCUGGCCCACAGCAAUGCAGCUCCUCAGCUGAAUUUGGCUUGGCUGCAGGCGAUAUUGGCGGAGGCUGGUCAAAGUAACUCGACGAUUCGAUUUGGCAACAACACGGUAAUCCUUUCGGGAGUGUCCAAUGCCGUUGCCAACAGCAACGAUGGAACCAUCCGUCCAUCGCCCCCAUUAAACCAGUGGAAUAAUCAAGGAUAUAACCCAUGGACUAACCAAGGGUAUCCCUACUACUAUAACGGAUAUUAUCGCAUUGCACACACGGUCAACGGAGAGAUUAUCGCGGAGUCACAGAGUCAGGAGGAGUCCCAAGAGAUUUCUAACGAGGUUUCCCAUGAUCUAAGUGACGAGGAAUCUGGCGAAGACCAAUUCCACCAGGAUGAUCAAACCGAGGAAGAAGCUGAGGACGAGGCUGAUCUCUCAGAGAGUCAGCUCGAUGAGGAUGAUGAAGACCAGGCGGAAGAUGAACCCGAUGACCAAUACGAGGAGGCUGCCGAUGAGGCAAUCGAGAUUGAGGAUGAACAGCUCGAUCCUGAGGAAGACGCUGCUGACCAAGAAUUGGAAGAACUCGAAAAGGAGCUACUCGCAGAAGAAUCCAAUAAGCCAUAUGAAUCCAACUCAACCAAAAACAGCAAAAUAAUCUAAAAAAAAAAUUAGCAAAAU